AUGGUUUCGCAGGUGUCCGUUGUUUUGUUGAUAUGUUCGGUUCUCUAUAUGAAAGUAUAUCUUGUGGAGACACAUCCAAGAGUUCCAACAUCUUCAUCUUAUCGGCAUUCAUCAUUGCCAUCUUUGGUUACCAGGGUUGCACAACAGCGUUGGGAAUCCAUCGAAGCAAACAUUACUCUAUUCAAAAAUAGUGAAUCACUUAGGCGAAUAGUAUAUGUUGACUUCUUCAAUAAAUUGGGCAUGAGUGGAAUUAUUGAUGUUCGAUUGAUUUUGGUCCUUCCCGUUGUGAGCCACAUUAUUGGUGAAAAAGGAAUCAUAUGCGUCUCAAUCUUGGCAUCCAUUGCUUAUGUUCCUUACUUUAGCUCUUUAUUGGGUGUCAUCUUUGUGAUGGCCAGACCAGCUAUCCAUGCAAUCGUUUUGAGGGCAGUAAUGUCAACUGACCAGGCAACGUCUUUAUGCUUUGCUUGGGACAAAUGCACAGAAGUUCCAAGUUCAGACGAGCGUAAUGAGGAAGCACUACAAGCACCACUACUGACUUAG